GCACUGUUACCAUGGAAAUCCCCAUCGCAGCAGCGGAGCGAGCAGAGCCGGAGGAGUCUGUUCAGCACCAUGGACAGCACACGACAGGAGCCGCUUCCCAGAACAGAGACUAUCGCAUGCUGAUUGUGAUCGGAGAGAUUUCCACCGGCCAUCACCUGGACGCCGCCAGGAAGCAGAUCACACAAGCUUUGCGAUCUUGGAACGUCGAUCUGUCCGUUUGUGACCUGAACAAGGAGCUGCAGCUGUUUGAGGCCAAACACACCGCUCAGUUCUCUUCACAGGUCAAAGGCCAGCGGGUGCUCCAGUAUCAGAGUGAUGUCCUGGAGACAGUCGUGUUGGUGAACCCGUCAGAAGAGACCGCUGCCUCAGAGAUUCGCUCUCUGAUCACUGACAUUUCUGGGAACAAGUUGCUGGUACUGAGUGGCCAGAGCUCUGAGCAGGGAGGUGACGUCCUUCUGCAAGGUGGACCCUUCACCUGGCAACACUUCUCCAACAUCAUUUCCAACCCUCAAGUGACUGAACUCCUGUCCAAGGCCUCUUCAGAGCAGCUGUCCAGGCUUACAGUUUCCUGUCAGGGAGACGGGGGCUGGAGCUCCCUGGGCCAAAGCCAGGAGCAGCAGUCGCUCCAAAAUCUUCUGGAAUACCGCCUGAACCCCGAACCCCACCUGCCCGACAUGGACGGAGUCACAGAGUUCACCGAGUAUGUCUCAGAGACGGUGGACGUGCCGUCAUCCUUUGACCUUCUGGAGCCCCCGAACUCGGGAGGCUUUCUGAAGCUGUCUAAACCCUGCUGCUACAUCUUCCCUGGAGGCAGGGGAGACUCUGCUCUGUUUGCCGUCAAUGGAUUCAACAUCUUGGUGGAUGGAGGAUCUGAUCGGAAGUCUUGCUUCUGGAAGCUGGUCCGCCACCUGGACAGGAUCGACUCUGUUCUGCUCACCCAUAUUGGUGCAGACAACCUGCCUGGCAUUAAUGGGCUGUUCCAGAGGAAGAUUGCAGAGCAAGAGGAGGAGCGUAACCAAGGAUCUGGCUCCAGUAGCAACGGGGACUGGAUGAAGAACCUGAUCUCUCCUGAGCUCGGCAUUGUGUUUUUCAAUGUCCCGGAGAAGCUUCGGACGCCCGAGUCCACACUCAAAGUGAAGCGAAGCAUUGAGGAGGCAUCUCUUACACUUCAGUACCUGAACAAGCUUGGUAUCACACCAGAGCCUCUUCACAGGGUGGUCAGCAACACCAUCGAACCCAUCACACUAUUCCACAAACUCGGUGUGGGGAAGUUAGACAUGUACGUCCUGAACCCUGUGAAAGAGAGCAAAGAGAUGCAGUUUCUCAUGCAGAAAUGGGCUGGAAACAGCAAAGCCAAAACAGGGAUUACUAUGCCCAAUGGAAAAGAAGGAGAGAUUUCUGUCCCCUAUCUGACAUCAGUCACUGCUCUCAUUGUUUGGAUUCCUCACCGUCCAACAGAAAAGAUAGUCAGGGUGCUCUUCCCAGGAAAUGCACCGCAGAACAAAAUCUUCGAGGGGCUUGAGAAACUGAAGCACCUGGACUUCCUGCGAUACCCAGUGGCAACCCAGAAAGACAUAUCGUCUGGUGCAGCUCCUCCCAUUAUCAAACAGACCAAAAUGAGAUCGAGAACUGACAGCAAAGAGAGUCUGAAAUCUUCACCCAAACCACAUGCUAAAAAGAAAGAUGCUGGUGGGCAGGAGGAAGAGUCCAAAGAGAAUAAAGUAGAAAAGAAAGAAGAGAAGAAAGUCAAAAGUGAAAGUCUUAAAGCCACCAAACAACAGAAAAACAGUGCGGUGGCCCCUGCAGCAGACAAAAAGUCAGAGAAAAAGAAAGUAUCCAAGGAAAAAACUACAAAGCAGGAGAAAGCCUCCAAGAUGGAUGAAAAGAAAGACAAAGAGAAAAAAGAAAUAAAGAAAGAGAAAGUUAAGAAAGAUGAAAACAUAAGAAAAGAAGACAAAAAAGAAAGUAAAGCCAAGGAGGAUAAAAAGAAGGACCCAAGUAAACCUGAGCUGAGGAAAAUAACUAAACCUGACCUGAAGCCACUUACCCCUGAGGUGAGAAAAACUCUAAAAAAGAGUCAGGCGAAGCCCAAGGCGGACAAGAAUAAAGCAGUUAAAGAUGAAGCAAAUGAGAAGAAGCCAGUCCCAAAGAACAUCCCUGAAGAGGUCAGAGCGGCAGCUUUGGCUGACCGGUCCAUAGUGUCCUCACCAGAGGACCUCACUGAGGACUUUGAGGCUCUGAAACAAGAGGAGAUUUCCAAAGUGAAGUCUGUGCCUAUCCAGAAUGAUGUGAUGUCUGGGCAUUCACUGUUCACAGAUACUAAAGUUUCUUCCUUAGUUUUCCCUGAUGAGAAAAUCACAUCCACAGGCACUGAGAUCAGAUCUGCUUCACCCAAAUCCCCCAUCAAGCUGGAAGACAGCUACAAAGACAAGGGCGCAUCUGAACAGAUUGCAGCAAAGAAGGAAGUAAAGGAUGGCUUUGACAAGAAGUAUGAAGAGGAGAAAAUGGAGAAGUACGACAAAUACCCUACAAAGGACGACAUGAAAGAAAGAUCUAAGAAGAGUGAGAGCUCAGAGGAGGAAGGGGAUGUAAUUGAAAAAGCUGAAUUUGAAGGAACAGAAGAUGACGAGGUCCUGAAAUAUAAAACAGAGGAGGUGAAAAAGGAAAAAAAUGGAAAAGAGGACGUCAAGCUAACUGAGCAAAAGCCUUUUUCAUCCGCAGCCCAAGUAGCAACCACCGCCUCGGAGCAAUUCUCCUUCAUCCAAGACGAGACCAUACCUGGAUACUCUGAGACCGAACAGACCAUCUCUGAUGAAGAAAUCCAUGAAGAGACAGAAGACCGGAUCCCACAGCUGCGCUAUGAUGUGGGCUCAUGUGACAUCUCUGUCCCGGACGUCCCUGGAACCUUUGACUCCAUGCAUGGUAUAAAAGAGAUGAAGAGCUCCGUCGUGUCCGAUGUCAAACCCAAAGCCUUCGGGGGAGGUCACGAGCCUGAGCUUGCACCUUACCCUGCCAUCAUCGCUGCUCCUCUUGCAGAGGAGGAGCACAUCUCCUCAGCAACAUCCAUCACAGAAUACGACAAACUCUCAUCCUUUGCCACGUCUGUAGCUGAGGAUCAGUCGAUCGCCUCCGUGACAGCCCCUCAGACUGAGGAUGUUGGGAGGAACUCUCUCCUGCUUGACACCAUCAACAGUAUCCCCUCACGUGCUGAGGCCGUCCAAGGGAAGGACUAUCUCCACUCAGCAGGAACCAUCUCACCCACCUCCUCGCUGGAGGACGACAAAUGCUUUAAGUCUCCUUCCUCUGAUGAGUACCAGCCCAACAUUGCUGAGAUGGAGGGCGAUGCGAAGGUCAAAUUAGCCCAUGAAGAAGAAGACGAUGAGGAAGACGAGGACGAGGAUCAGACUCCGAACGUUGACAUCCCUCUGGGUAAACUCCAAGAGGGCUAUGAACAGGCAGCCUCCAUGAUGCGCCAGGAGAAAGAGAAAUCCCCCCCUGCCACUGUCUCUCCACCUGCCUUCUCCACCACUCAGUUCUCUCCCACACAGGCUUUCAAAGACAACCAGUCGCUCUUUAGCACCGAGGGAUUUAAGACUGGGGCUGAAAUAAAGCCGGCCUCACCCCCUGCAUCUUUCUCCCCUGGGCUAGAGUCCCAUUCCAGGCAGGAGAGUGAAGAAAGAUGUGUAAGUCCGGAUGACAGCACCAUGAAACUGGCCUCACCUACACAGUCUGUGCCUACAAGCAGCGGAUACUCACCAACAGAGGAGAAACAGUUUAAGGUAGACUACAAAGACGAGGCAGUGACUGAUGUUAAAGCUGACUCUCUGCAAACCGAUAAAUCAUCCCCAGACAAAACAUCCUUCAUCGGUGUGGGAAAUGAGAAGUCAGCGCUUGAAGACUCGGAGGAAUCCACUGAAGACAAUGAGGAGGAAGAUGACUAUUACGUCAAAAAGGAUCUACAGCCCACUGUUAAGGCCAAGCUGAUGGAGGCGAAAGAAGGGUGCUUCUUGGACGACGACUUUGAGUCCAAAUCCGCAAAGACAGAAACUGAGGUCAAGGCCUCGGAGAAGACAAAGGUGUCUUUUGGCGUGGAGGAGAAACCAAAACCUCAAGUGAUGUUCUCAGAUGAAGAUGAAGAUGAAGAUGAGGAUGAUGACGAGAAAGUUGAUGACUUCCCAAGUGGGGUAGGGCUUUUAUCACCUGAUCAAAGCAACGUAGACAGCAGCAAAGAGAAGACUGAUGCUGCAAUGAAAGAGGCUGAGAAAAGUGUUCAUUUCAGUCUCUAUGAUUUUCCAGAGAAAGACACCAAAGAAAGGGCCAUUUAUAUCAGACAGGACACGCCCUACGUGCACGGCAAGACAUUCUCCUACGGUGACGUUUAUGACAGCAAAACAAGCUCAAUGGACUCUGAUUCAUAUCGUCAGGAGUCUGUGGAUAAGACAGAAAAGGACAUUGCAAAGGGUGAAGUGGACUUUCAGAAACACAAGUCGCCAUCCCCGGUAACAGACAAGAUGUCAGAGAAGGAGGGAUUUACCGUCUCGUCCACCUCAUCGUGGCUCGACUCCAAGAGCACUUCUGCUGCACCGUCAUUUGAAAAAGAGGUCAAAGGAAGUGAGACAUUCGACUACAGCACAGGUAGCCGAUUCCCCUCAGUGGCUGAUAGACCCGAGGCCUCGUCCACUUCUUUAUCAUCGGAGAAAGACUUCUCUUUUAAAAGCCAGGCUGACGGGACAAAGCCCCAGACGUACUCCUCAAUGACGGCAUUCGAUGUAGACAAACCUGCUGCCACAGGCUACGGCGAGAAGGGAGCAUGUUUGGAGGUUGAUAUGAGAAAACUAACAGCGAGGGAUGAGGAGGACUAUGACGAUGAUGAAGUUAUCGAUGAUGAUGAUGACGAGGACGAAGACGAAGAAGAGGAGGAGGAGGAAGAAGAGGAUGGCGCUGUUGAUUCUGAUAUGGAGAAAGGAGCCAAAGAGAAGUCUGAGAAGGAAGUAAAAAGUCCAAUCAGUGAAAUGUUUGGCUCAAACAGGCCUGAGUUCAUGGUUUCUAUGGCUGGUUACGGCUAUAACAGUCAAGGGAAGCCGAGUGCGAAAGAAAGCAGUUUUAGCUCAGUCACAAAGACUGAAGAGAAGACUAAGACCGACUCCUCCUCCUUCAGUGGACAGCCGAUGGAUUUAGGGGCUACAGGUUUCUCUGGCUACUCUUCAGGGUUUGAGUACUCAUAUGGAAGUGGUGGGAAGGACUCAUUUUUAUCAAGUCAGACCGCAGACAAAGGUAAAGAGGAUUUCACUUUGAAGUCAACGGAGGACAGUUACUACCAGAAUGACGGAGCUGAUCCUGAUUAUGACAAACAGAAGACACCAGAUCUUCUGAGUAAGAAAUCACUCGACACAAGCUUUCAGUACACCACCACCGCUGCCCCUGGAUACUCCUCCUCAUCAGCCUACAGCUACUCCUCCUCCACCUCGGGCUCCCUCUCCACCAGCCGUCAGUUUGGAGAGGAGCUGGAGACGCCUGCCGAGCCUCUCUUUGAGUACUCCUCCUUUAAAGAUGAACACUCACCGGUCACUGAAUCUCCAUUCUCCAGCUCUGCUGCCGCCAAAGACGACUAUCUGGAAGUGUCUGAAAAACAGAUCACUGAUACAACCAAGGCUGAGUCCGCCUCCGGUUUGGCCCACUUCUCACCACGCAGCCCAUUCGAGGAGGUCAAAUCCUUCCCCUCACUCUCCUCCUCUGCCUUUGCUGAGGACAAGAAGGAGCACACGACUUCAUUAAGUGGAGUGACAGACAAAGGCCCUCAAUCGGACUGUUUCUAUAAGCCUGAUUGGUCUGCAGGGUCCAAGCUGGACACAGCUGUUGGGUUUGGAGCAUCAGCGGGACCGUUCGCUCAACAUGCAGAGCUCUCCACAGACAAAGAAGCAGCCAGCGCCGCUCUGUUUGGCGUCACUUCCUCACCACGCCCAGACAUAGAAGGUAAGCAUUACUUUGAGGAGACUGACAGCAGUGAAGAAGAGGAUGAGGAGGCUUACAUGCGUGAGAUGACUCGAAGGUCGCCCUCUAGCGGCCUGGCAGGUAGCCUCUCAUUUUCUGACAAGCCUGUUGCUCCAGCUGUCAGUGAAAAGGCAGGCGGUACGCUCCCCGACGUUCUCGGCUCAUAUAUGCCAUCAUCUCUCCAGUCCAGCAAGCCAGACACAGCCAACGGCCCCACAGAGGUCAGCGCAAGCUCCACCCUUCUUGCCGGAGCAGCAGCCAGCGGUGCAUCUUCAGGCCCAGCCAAGGUGGAGCCCAGAGACGGAGCUACUGGUUACAGGAGCUCUUAUGAGUGGGAGAUGCCAAAGCCUCAGAUGGGAAUGGUACCAGGAGACUCCCCUCCCCAUUACCGCCAUGACGAUGAGUUUGAAGAGGAGUGUGAGAUGGAGCCAGAGCACCCUGCCCGCCCACUUUCACUCUCCUCAACCGAUCAACCAUUUCGCUCGCCGUUCUACGCCGAGGAGUGCAGCCGAGGAGGACACGAUGACGACGAUGACGAUAGCGAUCAGGAUGUUGUUGGUGAUGUGCCGAUGGGAGCCACCUCCUCCUACACCAGCCGCACCUCACCUGGAUACUCCUCCUCCGACUGCAGGCAGUGCAAAGAGGACCUCUCACCUUCCUUCAUCAACCCGAGCAUGCGGCAGUUAUCUAGCGAUGACGACGAUGAGGAGCAAGGGCACAGAAGUGACCAAUCACAGGGCGAUGAGCACGAUCUAUCGGUCAAGAGAAGGGCUCACAAACAGCCCCAUCACCAUUCUCACGGCAGGGACAGCAGCUCUCUGCACCAGACUGGUGGCAUGUCGGCAGGGCUCGGUCUGGCCACAGAGGACACCCCGCCCACUUCUGUCAGCGAAUCUUUAGCCUCUCAGUCAGACUCCGAAGUGCAUCCAGGCACUGAGGAAUUCCCUUCAGUCACCGCUGAAGGCAACAUGGACUCGGAUGAGGAUGCAGACUAUAUGCCUGUUGAUAAAUUAUCUGCCACGGGAGGAGGCAGCCAUCAUUCCUUUAGGAGGAGCCAUGACCCUCCUCCUGCUCCCCUCAUGGACGCCUACCCUCACCCUCCACACCCCGACGUUUGCAUGGUGGAUCCUGAGUCUUUGGAUAACGGCUCGGUGAAGAAAGAGCCAAAAACCAAGACCUUAAAGAAGACUUCUGGGAAAACCAAAUCAUCAUCCCCAGCCAGGCGCAAGAGGUCUCCGAUGCCUGUGAAACAGACGGCGUCUCCUCGCAGUGCCUCACUGAAGAAGAAGGAGGCAGACAAGAGCUCACGUAUGUCUCGUCUGUCUGAUGGACAGGGAUCCAAAGAGGAUGACCUCUCCAGGUCGAGCUACAACCCUGGCAAGGGGCUGACUAAUGGUGUCAAGAGCAGCUCAGGUUCUCAGAAGUCCGGCUCCUCAGCUGCUCCUGGUCUUCCCAUCUAUGUGGACUUGGCCUACAUUCCCAACCACUGCAGUGCCAAGAACGUGGACCAAGAGUUUUUCAAACGCAUUCGCUCUGCGUACUACGUGGUGAGCGGUAAUGACACAGCGAGCGGCGAACCGAGCCGAGGAGUCCUCGAUGCGCUGUUGGACGGCAAAUCUCAGUGGGGAUCAAACCUCCAGGUGACGCUGAUCCCGACCCACGACACGGAGGUGACCCGUGACUGGUACCAGCAGACUCACGAGAAGCAGCAGGAGCUCAACAUCAUGGUUCUGGCCUCCAGCAGCACCGUCGUCAUGCAGGACGAGUCGUUCCCCGCCUGCAAGAUCGAGUUUUAAGAUCCUCGUUUCCUGUCUCCCUCCUGCUGGCCUCCCUGCUGUAGAUCUGUUUUUAAUUGCUCUUCUCUAUAGCCUGAUAUGUGAAUCUGUCUCUGCUUUGGGCACAUGACCCAGAGCAGAGGCCGGUCUGGAUAACUGUCUAUUUUUUUCUAGAUUUUUAUUCAUUUAUAAGCUUGUCGUUGCUUCCACCAUUUGUAUUAUGGAGGUAGUUUCCUGACAGUAACGUCCUCCACUGCAUUAUUAUUACUCAGUUUUUUUCUCGUCUUUUUCCAAACCCCUCGAGACAAUUCUUUGUUUAUUGGCUCAGACAACAUUCACAUUUCUAUUGCAAAAGAAAAAAAAAAAACUACAGGAAGCAAUAUACAAUUUUGUUGCUUGCCUUCUAAUUGGCCAAAAAUCAAAGCACAAGUUUUGCGCACCUUAACGCCAGCAACGAACUACAAAACUAAUUUCUUCCACUGAUUUCCCGACGCGAAGCCUUUUCACAACACAGGCGAUCAAAUCAAUAACACUUGCUGACAGAAGGUCAUCAUUACGGCUAAUUUUGAUCAGAUUUACAUCCCUCUACAUUCCCUUUCUGUCCGUCUACUAAAACAACAACAGUCCUGGUGUUGAACUCUGUUCCUCCUGCUGACAUAGUGAGAUAGAAAGUGUCUUUUGAGUAUAUUUAGUAGCGUAGGGAAGACCAUAUUCGAAGAUCUGUAUUGUAGUGAAAUAUGAUAUUUCUAUCUCAAAGUGAAAAUCAAUCGUUACGCUAAGAAUUUCUCGGUGGCUGUUAUUUCUUACGGUGAAUUUGACAAAUACGUUUCACUCUAUAAUUGUUUCUGUAGUCUUUGAUGUCUUUUUUCAGCGUGUUUCCAGUUAACAUAUCGUUGCCGAGGAUCGUGAGGACAACCGAAGGCAGAGGCGGUGAUAACAGUUAUCAAAACAUCACCUGUUUCUAUCUUUACAUGCAGAACAGCGCUCUGUUCAGAGAGGAAAGGAGACAAAACCUCAUAUCAGUUGCUGCGUCUUAAAGCUCUUUAUACAAAAGCUGUGUUAAAGAAUGAAGAAUGUAUUCCACUCCAACAAUAGGAACAUGUGGUUGCGAGGAGAGAUUGUGUUUGCCUGGCUGAUGGACGAUGUGAUGGUAGAGGUUAGACAGUCACCCACAUGUGCCUUUCUGUCCUGCCGUGCUGGAAGGGAAGUGAAAUGUGUGUUUUAACGUCGUAGAAGUUUCAGUGUGCGGUACAUCACGGCUCUGAGGCCGAGGCCGAGGCGAGCUGGUCUCCUCUGUUGUUGUGAGUCCUGUCGGUGAGAACAUCAGUGCACAAAAAAAACAAAAAAAAGAAAGUCCGAGUUGUACAUAUUGAGCAUAAAAUGGCACUUUUAAAGCACCAACUCAGUAUUUCAGACGUCACAUUUUAAGAUUUCCUGGAGCUGCGCCACUCGAAGAAGCACAAACAGUAAAACCAGUGUGCAAAACUUUUUCUCCGCUUAUUUUCAGAUCAAACAACAUAAAAUGUACAAUUACAGAAUUUACACCGAGAACUACACCGUUAAUUUUUCUUGGAAAUAUAGUUUGAAAUUUGUUUUUCAGCCACGAUCACCUCAACGUACACGUCUUGUUUUUUUAAUUCAUUUUUUUUUUUUCAGGCCCUUUUCUUUCCUUCAGUGGUGAAUCAGUGGAUGUUUUUAAGUAACACUUGAAUAACUUAAUAGUAUGUGUAGAUGUGUUUUAAUUUGAUAUUGAUGAUUUUUUUUUAAAUAUUUUGAUAAGUUUUGAGUAAUUUAAUAGAUUUUAAAACCAGGAAGAAAACCAACUAACACAACAAACAACAGGACCAACACACUUCACAAGGGUUGCUAUUUUAUGAUCUGCAGUAAAACUCCAGAUAUUCCUCUGUAUGAUAUUUUACUCCCAUCUAGUGAUGCAUGUACAACAGAUGCAUGUUCAUAAAGGCUUUUUAAAAAAAAAACAAACCAGAGGGCUGCAGGGAGCGGAGCCCGACCCUUCAGCGGCUCCAGCUGAAUGUGAAGAUGCAGAUUACCUUUACGUUCUCCGUGGAGGACUUUCGAUCUCCUGGUUGCCUUGGUUACUGUGCAUCAUAACGGUGACUCAUCAGGUCACACGCCGGCAGUAACCACCUCUUACUGUAGCCUGCAAUACAUCCCGACUCUGUGCAGGGAAGAAAACUUUGUGUGCAGAUUAAAUCCACCAGUUUCUUUCUUUGGAUCAUGGGGAAAGAAAAUAACCUGUAUUCACACGGCGACCAUUUCUUUCCUUGAUUUUGAAUGAAUGCAAAUAACUUUGACAGCCUGGAAGUGAAAUGCACAGGAUGUAAUCAAAUGCUAACGUUAGCCAGGAAGUGGUACUGUCAGUUAACUGGUACCAAAUAUGUUGUGUUACCUUGAAAUACUAUAUUUUUAGUUCCUAAUCAAUUAUGAAGCAGUAAAUUAAAAAGAAUUGUCAGCAUCGUAGCAAAUAUUACCAUGCUAACAUGGGAUGCUAGGCUAUAUAUCAAGCUAAAUCAACAUAUGAUAACCAGUGGGUGUCUGUUAGACAUUAGCUAACAUUAGCAUUCAGCCACUUCCUAACCACGCAUCAGAUAAAAUCAAACGAUAAUGUUAGCUAGGAAGUGGUUGAAAGCUACUGUUAGCUAACUGAUACCAAACAUGUUGUGUUACCUUGAAAUUCGGUAAAUUAUAAUUUAAAAAAUAGCAAAUAUUACCAUGCUAACAUGGGAUGCUAGGCUAUAUAUCAAGCUAAAUCAACAUAUAUGAUAACCAGUGGGUGUCUGUUACAUUAGACAUUAGCUAACAUUAGCAUUCAACUGCUUCCUAACCACGCACUGGAUAAAAUCAAACGUUAGCUAGAAAGUGGUUGAAUGCUAACGUAAAUGUCAGAUUCCAGAGCUGCAGCUUGGUUUGCAGCAACAUAUUAGUGUUAUCCACCUCGAGCGUGACGUCAAAGAAAAAAAUGGCCUCCGUGUGUUUACGGUGUGUAAUGAUUUGUGUCUGCAGAUUAAAAUGUUGUCAGUACGAUAAAGACGUCACAGCGUCUGCCGACAUGGAGGAGACAGUGAUGUUGAGCUUGAAGUUCCUGUUUCCUGCCGAACUACUAUAAUAUAUAUAUAUAUAUAUAUAUAUAUAUAUAUA